GAGCGCGACCGAAGCCCCUGUUUAAAACAGUGAGCGCCUCCAUCGUCCUCAUUGACAAUAUACUGCUCAGGCAUGGCCACCUCCAGUCUCAGUUCUGUCAGGGUUAGAUUGUACUUUGAUUAUACUCCUCCUGCGACACCUGAGUGUCGGAUGUGUUGGUUGCUGGUGGACUUAAACAAAUGCCGAGUUGUCGCAGAUCUUUCCAGCAUCAUAAAGGAAAAGUUUGGCUACAGCCGUAGGACUAUUUUAGACUUGUUCAUUGAGGAUUGCUACCUGCCUUCCACAGAAAGUAUUUAUAUUGUACGUGAUAAUGAUAGCAUAAGGGUGAAGGCAUCCAAUGCUGUUUACAUUAAUGGAGAAGAAGUUUACCAGAACUCUGAAGCACAAAACUCAAAGACCAAGAAAAGAGGGAGAGAUGAUGAGACGCAGAUCAGCAAAGGUCUAAGUAAAAAAAAGAAACAUGAAGGUGCGCAAAUCAAUGGCUCUGCACCAGCAGAGGAUGCCAAGAAGAAGAAGAAAAAGAAGAAAGAGGUAAAAGAGUCAGCCGCCAAACCUGCAACCCCUCAAAAGAACACUGAAACCCCGUCUUCUACUAAAAACAACAGAAAAGGCAUUUCUGCUGUCCCUACCAGUGACAAAACAACUCGUGCCAAGACUCAGCAACCAACGUCAAGUUCUUCGGACAGCAGUGAGGAUGAGUCUCACAGUAAGGCCCCUCCACCAAAACCUAAACCCAAGCAGAAUGGCACUGCCAAAAAGCCACGGAAAGAAAGCACAUCGUCUUCGGAUGACAGUGACACAGAGAAACCCAAAAGCAAUGUUCCUGUACAGUCGCUUCCGGUUACACCUAAACUAUCUAGCACGACCUCAAAACUUCCACUACAGACCCCACAACGCAGAGAGAGCUCCACAGAUUCCUCUUCCUCAUCCUCAUCACCCAGCCAAGCCAGACCUACAGCUAAGAAAUCACAAGUAGCAACUCAGCCCUCCUCAGCUACAGCUCAGUCUGUCUCAUCUUCGGUGUCUAAAAAGCCCCAGGAUAAGGCAGAGAGCUCAGACUCUGAGGCCAGUGAAAUAGAGCUUGUGAUUAAGAAACCAAACCUGCAAGGGAUGGGAUUGAAAAUUGCUGGUUUGAGCCCUGGUGUUAGUGAGGCAUCAGGCAGGGACAGAGGAAACACAAGAGGUCAGGAGAGAGGCAGAGGUCGAGGUGCGAACCGAGGCAGUGGGAGAGGAGGUUUUGGUAGGGCCAAGGGAACACCGUGGAAACAAGACUUGCAUUACAACUAUGAAAAUGGCGAGCGGCAGAAACAGAACGAUUCUCUGACUAAUGAAAGUUUUAUUCUGCAGAAUCCACCUGAAAUAGCUCCUAGACGGGACUACGCAGCUUUACCCUUGCUGGCAGCUCCCCCUGCAGUGGGCCAAAAAAUCGCCUUUAAGCUUUUGGAGCUGACUGAGAACUACACACCAGAGGUGUCUGAUUAUAAAGAAGGGAAGAUUAUUGCAUUCGAUCCUCAAACAAAAGUGAUGGAGCUUGAACUUCUUUCUCAACCUCAAGCUCCAGCUGAACCUGGCAAGUUUGACCUGGUAUAUCAGAGCCCUGAUGGAUCCGAGAGAGUAGAGUAUGCUGUCACACAUGGAUCACAGCUGACAGAGCGCUGGGAUUCUCUUUUGGAGCCCCGGCUCAUUGUGGAGAAUGUUGGAUGAUGGUCAUACAAAACAUGUUAACUGAGCCAGACCUUUACGGACAACCUUUUUUAUUUUAAUGCUGCUUUGUUGAAACAGCUAAUUUCCAUAUUGUAUUAACUUUUAAUUUUAUUCUCAAUGUCAUUUAAAUAAAUAGUGUUUUUUAUAUGGGAGUAGAGGUGAUUGAUUUAUUUUUAGUGUGCGUUUAUACAGUGUGUGCAAAUAGCCAACAAUGUUGGCCUAGGCUGUUUUUACUUACUAUGGAGAGAUAGGUUUAGGU